AUGCUUUAUCUUUUCUUAUCACUUGCCUUUGCUUCAGAGCUUGCUACAUAUGAAGAGACUUAUGCUAUUGGCAAAUGCAAGAAAAUGCAGAUCUGUUAUGACUCUAUUGAAAUCAUAGACAUGCCUUUGCUUCAUAUUACAAUUGAAAUUAUUUUUUUAGACAAUGAUAAGGUUCUUUAUGAGUACCCUGACCCAACGCCUUAUAUAUAUAUUAGAUUUGAUGCAGUCCCUGAUGAAAAUUAUUAUGAUUAUAAGGCACCUUUAUAUGAAGGAUUACAAACCCUUGUUAGUAUCCCAUACCCUGAAAAGUAUAAAACUGCUGUAUUCAAAAUUGAUGGCGGGCUUACAGGAUCUUUUCAGAGAUAUCCAGCUUAUACAGUCCAUGGCUGGGGAUAUCAAAUUAAAGCUGUUUCUUAUUAUUAUUUAUCAGAUUCAGAAAAUACAGCGAUUAAAAAUGCAGCAUUUUUAGAUGGAAAAGCAAAAUCUAAUACAGAAAUACUUGAUGUACAAAAUGACGAUUCAGAUAUUUUUAUGCAUAAAAAUAUCGAAAAAUAUAUACAGAUAAAAGAAGAUGUAAGCCAAGAUUUUAUUGGUGGAAAUUUUGAUCAGAAUAAAACAUCGCAAAACCAUGGAUUUUUAGUCAGUUCAAAAGACUGCCAAUACAGAUAUGGGUUUAAAAUGACUAUUUAUAACUAUGAUAUCGAUGAAGAGUAUAUUGAUAGUCUUUUAAUGUCACAUAUAGAAAUCUCAGUAUCUCUUCAAAAUUCUGAUUCUUAUCUUUCAAUCAAAAAUUGCAAGUCUUCGACUUUGUAUUGCAAAAUCAUAAAGCAGUCAUAUGGCUUAUCACUAUUAAUGGAAAUUGGGUAUUUAAAAUCAGGCUAUAACAUUAUGGCAAUAAAAAUCGACCCAUCAAUUAACAGUACUUUAUAUUAUGAUUUAGGAAUAUUUAAAACUGAAGUCGGGAAUAACCUAUGCAAUGGCCAAAAACAUGCCAUGUUCAAAGAAAUAGCGUUUUCUUGCAAAUGCGGCGGCAAUACUGCAGGCGCGAACUGUGAGAAAUUAGCUUUAAACGAAAAUACUUAUAUGACAGGACUCUACAUGCUGGUCUAUUCAAACUUGGCUAUGGUUCCUGCAAUUAUUACAGGGAUUUUGCAUUGGUAUUAUGGAGAAGUCGCUGUUUAUGGCACAAAUAUGAUGGCAAGCAUGGUUUAUCACUCUUGUGACUGAGGCUAUGAGUGCUUUGGGAUGGAGCCACAAACUCUAAGAGUGGCUGAUUUUACCCUCAGCUAUAUGAGUAUUAUGGCUGCAUUAAUAAAAGUGGCGAGAUUUAGGAACCACAACCACAAGUUGGCUUUAUAUUGCUUUAUUUUUGCACUGCUUUUAUAUAUAGGCUUGCAUAACAAUUUCAAUGGGAUUUUAUUUUCAAUUAUGGUAAAUCUUAUAUAGCCACCUUUAAUAGCAGGGCUGAUACCACUGUCAAGAUGGCUUUAUCUUAUCCAUAAAGACUCAAAAGAAGUCUACGGCAGCUGGUGGAGCUGGGACCAAGCUUAUUGGUUUUUCUGGGAAAGCGGCGACUUUCAAUGAAAAUGGAUUUUUAUUGCAGCCUCCACCCUUUUUAUGGCCCUUAUCUGCAAAUUUUCAGAAACAAACAACAGUUAUUGAAUCGUAAUUUUCACUUAGGUCCACUCCUUCUGGCAUAUCUUUAUUAUGCUUACACCUUUUGCGAUGUUCCACGUCUUUUCUAACCGAGUUCGGUAUUUUAAAGUUAAAAGUUAG